UUAACCGCACAAAUGAAACCGCAAAGACGUGGGCACGAGCCCGCUUUUUGGGCCCUCUCCGGCAAACGUUUUUAAGUUGCCUCGUGGAUUCUCUUUCUUCUCCCUCGGUCAUUUUCCCCUUCCAAAAACCCUAAUCCCGCCUUCAUCACCACGCAAAACCCUAAUCCCAUUCCCUGAUCCUUUCGAUGACAAAGACGGUUACGAGCCCCGCAAUAUCGUAGACAUUCAGGUACGGACCGACCUCAAGAAAUUUUUUUGAACGCCGCGGCGAUGGAGAGCGGAGACGCCUCCGACGACAUUUCCUUUCCGGUGGGCGCGGAGGAAGGCCUUGUUUCUGGAAAGGAAGAGAGGAAGAAGGGGAAAGGCGGGUCGAAAUCGGCUUGGAAGAAGCCGGCGUCGUCGACGUUGGUGGCGCCGGUGGCGGGAGAGGCAAGGAAGUCGGAGAGUCAACUUAUUGGUGCAGAUGCGUGGCCGGCUCUGGGGGAUUCAAAGCCGCAUGGCGCUGUUGAAGCGGGUGGAGGGCAGGCAACGCCGCCUCAGGUUGCAGCAACUAAUGCAGGCCCGGUUCCGAGAAAUGGACCGCCAGCGAACCCUGCUCCACACAUGCAGGGAUCAGCUGGCCAACGGAGAUCUGAUGGAUUUGGAAGUAGCAAUCCUUCAAAUAGACAUCCACCUGUUCGUCCUCAUAACGCUGUCCCUAGGCGUAAUGGCCCUGCAAAUGGACCUACUUCAUUUCCUGGUCCUUUUCCAUUACCCCAGCCGCUAGUUCCACCGAUGUCAUAUCCCAUUGUACCUCCACCAUCUCUUAUUGUCCCAGAACACGCUUAUCAGGCUUUUCCUCCACCCUUUCGAAGUGAUCACCGGAUUGUAAAUUCUAGAGUUGAUGUCUCAGUGCCACCCUAUGCUAUGAACAGUCAAGUUGGCGGGAUUGAGAAUAAUAGAAAUUUUCAAGUGCCACCACGACGAGAUUUCAAUUCCUGGCGCCCCCAAAAUGCUAACAAUGUUUACCGUCCAAAUAAUGGGCAAGAGCCUACAAACCGUUUCAAUCAAGCAUGGCGCACACAACGACCUUUUAAUCCUAGAGACAGCAUGAAUAUGCCCCAGGGCAUCGGACCAAGGACGUUUGUCAGGCCAGUUUCAGCUUAUUUUGGUCCAACCUCAGGUUUUAUUGGUGGGCCUGGUUACCAUGGUGCUCCUCAACCCGUCUGUUUUUACCCUGCUGGCCCUUUAGAUUUCAGCAGGGGCCCCCCUCAUUUAAUUUCACUAAUACCGCCACCACUUUCUCCUGCUCCUGCUGCUGCUGUUACUUUUCUGCCACCAGAGGAACAAACCUUAAGGGCUAAUAUAUUGAAGCAAAUUGAAUAUUAUUUCAGUGAUGAAAAUCUACAGCAUGACACAUUUCUGCUAGGCUUGCUGGAUGAGCAAGGAUGGGUCUCUAUAUCGAGAAUUGCAGACUUCAAAAGGCUUAAGAAAAUGACGACUAGCAUACCGUUGAUUUUAGAUUGCUUACGAAGUUCUAACAUUAUCGAAGUUCAGGAUGAGAAGAUUAGACGAACAGAUUGGUUGAAAUGGAUUCAUAGGUCAAAAUCUCAGUCUGGUGAUAGCAGACCAUUGGUGGAUAACAAUCUGAAAAACAAUGAUCAUGGAGGGGACAGGGUUAACGAGGAUAGUAGCUCAAAAGGAAACUGUAACGAGGAAUACAAUUUCUUGCUCUCAGAGUAUGGCCAUUCUAAAGAAAAAGCUAAUGACAAAAGUUUUGUAAGCAACACUGUUGAAGUUCAGACUAUGGCAACAGAUGAGUUUGAUUCUCGGCAAAUGUCUUGUCCUUCCAAUGGUGCUAGCUUUGAAUUUGAGGAUGAAAAGGAAGUAGCUGAAAAGUGUCACAUGCCAAAUCUCAGAAGCUCGUCAACUAGUUUUGUCCACCCGUCUUCCAACUUUUCAGGGGACCAGAGUACUUUCUGGCUUGAUGAAGAAAUGGAAUUAGAACACAAAGCAAUCCAGAAGGACCAUCAUUCUUUACAGAAGAGCAGGAUUGAAGAUGAGGAAGAUGAGCCAGACGUUAAUGAUCAAGAUGUUCAGAGGCUCAUUAUAGUCACCCAAAUUAAGGAUAUCAGGAUAGAUAAAGAUGAAAUAUCUGGCUUGACAAAAGCAGAUCCCAUAUCAAAUGAACAUGCCACAACAAUCAAUGAUGGGCUCUAUUUUUAUGAGCAGGAACUGCAGGGCAUGCAAUCUACUGGUCUUACAAAUAAUUCAAGGCCUGAUAUUAGAGAAGGUGAAUCUAGAUGCUCAAACAUGGGGCAGUCUUCUCAGAUUUCUAAACCCAAUGCAAACAUUGCUGGAAAUAAUGGCUUAGAAGAGGGAGGACAUGCUAAUUCUCGAAGGCGGCAAAAUAAAGGCAGUAAGUCACACCCAUCACAAAAGCAACGGUUAUUCCCCGGUAAUUAUAAACUAUAUGGAAAUGGACGAAAUCGCCAUGGUAUUGUGUCGGAAAGCCCGCCAAGCAGUUCGAUCGGAUUUUUCUUUGGUUCAACACCACCUGAAAAUUCUGGCUUGUUGCAAUCAAAAUUAAGUGGCUCUCCCCAUGGAAACCUUGCCGGUAUCAGCUCUCCUGUGGGUUCCACGCCAAAAUCUUUCCCCCAGUUUGCACAUCCAAGUCAUCAACUAUUGGAGGAGAACGGGUUCAAGCAUCAGAAAUAUCAUAAAUUCUACAAACGUUGUCUUAAUGAGCGAAAGAAGUUGGGGAUUGGCUGCAGUGAGGAAAUGAACUCGCUCUACCGGUUUUGGUCCUAUUUCCUGAGAGACAUGUUUCACGAGAAUAUGUACAAUGAAUUUCGUAAGCUUGCACUGGAAGAUGCAGCUGCAAAGUAUUAUUAUGGUCUGGAAUGUCUUUUCAGAUUUUACAGUUAUGGGUUAGAGAAGCAGUUCCGGGAAGAUUUGUACGUUGAUUUCGAGCGGCUUACUCUAGAAUUCUACCACAAAGGCAAUCUUUACGGUCUUGAAAAAUAUUGGGCUUUCCACCGUUACCGAGAUCAGAAUAAACCGUUAAAGAUGUAUUCUGAGCUGGAUAGGCUGCUAAGGGAAGAAUACCGAACCCUUGAAGAUUUUAAGGCCAAAGAUAAGGCAGAAAAGCUGGUUUUGAACAAAGAGAACAGUGGUAACUGCAGCAGCACUGCUGUUGAGGAUUGCAGUUCAAGUGAGAACUGUAAUGGCCCUGAAUUGUGCUGAGAUGAUUCUUCCGAAGGGGAAAAAAAAAAUUUUGUUGCGAGGGGAGAGGGAUUAUGGUGCCAUUGCUGUGCAUUUUUGUCCUCUGCUAAUGGUAUUAUGGCUGGAUUGGAAUUGUUUUUUUUCCCUCAAUCCUAUAUUUGUACAUAAUUCAGGGAGAGAGAAGGAAAAAGGAAAAAAAUAAUGUGUAUUCGGAAUUCCAGAUAUUGACUAAUAAUAGAGUUUAUUAAAUUAGGUCAUGAUAUUCGGUGCA